AUGUACAAAGGACAGCUCACGAAAAUAAUGAGAAUUGAUCCCAACAAUGGCUGGUGGCCGAUUGCUUGGGCUGUGACUGAGGCCGAGAGUUAUGUCCAGUGGAAGUGGUUCAUGGAGUACUUGUCUGAUGACCUUAACUUGCAUGCAAAUGGCCCCCGAUAUGUGUUUAUGUCUGACCAACAAAAGGGCCUUGCAAAGGUGAUUGUUGAGGAAUUCCCACAGAGCGAGCAUCGCUUCUGUGUUCAACACAUAUACAACAAUUUCAAGAAGAGAUUUAUCGGAGAAAAUUUCAAAGACCGGUUGUGGGAGAUUGCCACAAGUACCACCCUCGAACAUUAUGUGGACAAGAUGGAUGAUAUGCAGACCGAGUAUCCCCAAGCACAUCAGUGGCUUUCUGGAGUUGCUCCCAAAGAAAAGUGGGUCAAGGCAUUUUUCUCUCCACACACUUAUUGUGAUGUGCUCCUCAACAACAUUUGUGAGACAUUCAAUUCGAAGAUUGCAUUGGCUCGAGAGAAAGCAAUUAUCAGCAUGUUGGAGGACAUUCGAAUAAGUCAAUGGAAAGGAUUCAGAUCAGAGGCCAGUGGAUCAAAAGCUACGAUCACGCAGUCCCUCCUGUUAUCAAGGAGCUUGUGGAUAAGUGGUACGCGCGGGCUGCAUCGUGGAGGGCUACAUGGAACGGACAGUCUUCGUACCAAAUUGUGGCAGCUAACCGGAAUCUCGUGCACUCAUGCUAUCGCAACAAUCAACAAGAAUGGCGACGACGUGACGCGAUACGUCUCUCGCUAUUAUUUGAAGUCAACAAUGAUCAUACUGUACGAGAAUGUCCUUUACCCAAUCAAUAGGGUGGACAAUUGGCCCAAGACUACUUCUGAUGGUGUGUUGGAACUGGCGCCCCCGAGGUCAAAGCGACAGCGUGGUAGGUCGAAGAAACUGAGGCGUGAGUAG